CGGCGGCGGUGGUCGGUGAGGGAGGAGGGAGGGGAGCUCGCGGGCCGGAGAGGGGGCGACGGCAGUGGCGGAGGCCUGAGGAGGCCCGGGCGGCGGCGGCGGCGGCGGCGGCGGAGGCCGAGGCGUCUAGGUGUUUCCGGAAGAGCUGCAGCCUUUGAAGAAACAGUUUUUGACGACGAUAUCAGACCAAAGACUCCUUCCUACUGGGGAGAUGAGGAAGAUUGGGGCACACAUGAACCCAGAUCUGAUUGAUGAGAAGGAACCAGCCAUGUGAUGAUCUGGGGAAGAACAUUUCGGGUAGAGGGGUCAGCCAGUGCAAAACCCCUGAGAUGUGUUCAAGGAACAUCAAGGAGCUCGUGGCUGAAGCAUAAGUGAAGCAGAAGGGGCAAGGGCUUGGAGUGGUUGACAGAGGCCAGAUCAUGUGGGGCCUUGUGGGCUAUGGGAUUGACAGCCAGACCAGUUUGCUCUGUUCAACUGUCCCACUGAGGAUCUAUUGAGCCAGACCUGAGGGGCAGCAUCUUCUCCUUUGUCUGGGUCUCUGAGUCCCAAUCAAGCCUUUUCUCUGGAUCUGGAGAUUGGAGGGAGAGUUGGUUUAGUAUCUGGUUAGCUUCAUCUUUCUCCCAGGAGCUCAGCAGGGAGCCUGGAGAGGAGUGGCUAGACCAAGACCUCCCCCGAUGUGAGCAGGUGUCCUCCUCCCUGCACCACCCAUUGCCACCACGCCAGGGAACAUCCUCAAGCCCUGGCCCUCAGGGGAGAGGUAACAGGAGCCCGCAGCCGAGACCAUGUGACGGCGCUGGCCCUUGCCACCGCCGUCCCCCCCACCCUGGCCCCAGGCCUGGCACCAUGAUGUUCCGAGACCAGGUGGGCAUCCUCGCUGGCUGGUUCAAGGGCUGGAAUGAGUGUGAACAGACAGUGGCCCUGCUGUCACUUCUGAAGCGGGUCACCCGCACCCAGGCCCGCUUCCUACAGCUCUGCCUGGAGCAUUCACUGGCGGACUGCAAUGACAUUCACCUGCUGGAGUCGGAGGCCAACAGUGCUGCCAUCGUCAGCCAGUGGCAGCAGGAGUCCAAAGAGAAGGUGGUGUCCCUCCUGCUGUCCCACCUACCCCUGCUUCAGCCAGGCAACACAGAGGCCAAGUCGGAGUACAUGAGGCUGCUGCAGAAAGUGCUGGCCUACUCGAUUGAGAGCAAUGCCUUCAUCGAGGAGAGCCGCCAGCUGCUCUCCUAUGCCCUUAUCCACCCGGCCACCACUCUGGAGGACCGCAAUGCGCUGGCCCUCUGGCUGAGUCACUUGGAAGAGCGGCUAGCUAGCGGCUUCCGCACCCGGCCUGAGCCCACCUACCACUCACGCCAGGGCUCGGAUGAGUGGGGUGGCCCUGCAGAGCUGGGCCCUGGGGAGGCAGGACCAGGCUGGCAGGACAAGCCACCCCGGGAAAAUGGACACGUGCCCUUCCACCCACCCAGCUCAGUGCCGCCAGCCAUCAACAGUAUUGGGAGCAACGCAAACGCAGGUCUCCCCUGCCAAAUCCACCCCAGCCCGCUGAAGCGCUCCAUGUCGCUCAUCCCCACGAGCCCCCAGGCCCCUGGUGAGUGGCCGAGUCCAGAGGAGCUUGGGGCCCGGGCUGCUUUCAACACGCCCGACCACGCACCCCUCUCGCCCCAGAGCAGCGUGGCCUCCUCUGGCAGCGAGCAGACGGAGGAGCAGGGCUCCAGCCGGAACACUUUUCAGGAGGACGGCAGUGGCAUGAAAGAUGUGCCCUCGUGGCUUAAGAGCCUCCGCUUGCACAAGUACGCGGCCCUCUUCUCACAGAUGAGCUAUGAGGAGAUGAUGACACUGACUGAGCAGCACUUGGAGUCUCAGAAUGUCACCAAAGGUGCCCGCCACAAGAUAGCCCUGAGCAUCCAGAAGCUGCGCGAGAGGCAGAGUGUCCUCAAAUCCCUGGAGAAGGAUGUGCUGGAAGGCGGGAAUCUGCGAAACGCUCUGCAGGAGCUGCAGCAGAUCAUCAUCACCCCCAUCAAGGCCUACAGUGUCCUUCAGGCCACUGUGGCUGCCGCCACCGCCACCACCUCUACUGCCAAGGACGGGGGCCGGGGGGAGCCGCCGCUGCCAGGUGCGGAGCCUCCCCUGGCUCACCCUGGCACAGACAAGGGCAGUGAGGCCAAGGACCCUCCAGCUGCAGAGGGCUACCCCCCUCCACCAGCUCCAGCUCCCACUGAUGGCAGUGAGCCAGCCCCGGCCCCCGUUGCUGAUGGAGACAUCCCCAGUCAGUUUACACGGGUGAUGGGCAAAGUGUGCACCCAGCUGCUGGUGUCCCGACCAGACGAGGAGAACAUCACCAGUUACCUCCAGCUCAUCGAAAAGUGCCUGACUCAUGAGGCUUUCACGGAAACGCAGAAGAAACGGCUGCUGUCCUGGAAACAGCAAGUGCUGAAGCUCCUCCGGACCUUCCCGCGCAAAGCCGCACUAGAGAUGCAGAACUACCGGCAGCAGAAAGGCUGGGCAUUCGGCUCCAACUCACUCCCCAUAGCUGGCUCUGUGGGGAUGGGGGUGGCCCGGCGGACCCAGCGGCAGUUCCCAAUGCCUCCCCGGGCCCUUCCGCCUGGCAGAAUGGGCCUUCUGAGCCCCUCGGGCAUUGGGGGCAUCUCCCCUCGACAUGCCCUCACCAGCCCCAGCCUUGGGGGCCAGGGCCGACAGAACCUGUGGUUCGCCAACCCUGGAGGCAGCAACAGCAUGCCCAGCCAGAGCCGCAGCUCUGUGCAACGGACCCACUCGCUCCCGGUCCACUCGUCCCCCCAGGCCAUUCUCAUGUUCCCUCCAGACUGCCCGGUCCCUGGGCCUGACCUGGAGAUCAAUCCCACUCUGGAGUCUCUGUGUCUGAGCAUGACAGAACACGCCUUGGGUGAUGGGACAGACAAAACCUCCACCAUCUGACGGGACCCACAGCCCAGCGCACCCAUAGGCUCCCCGGGCGGCGGGCGGGGGCCAACCCCCAACGGGCUUCUCCGCGACAGCGAGAGGGUGGGCUGGCUCAGCUAUACAUUCUAAUAUUUUUCUACUCUCUCACCCUUUUAACUUUUGUUUAACAUUGGCACACGCCUUGCUCACUCCCAGGCCCGUCGAGGGAUCUCUGCUGAGGCCCAGGGAGGUAGGGGGCAGCCAGGAUAAAGGGGGCAGGGACUGGCCAGCCUGCCUGCCCCCUCCUUCCCUCCUUCAUCCCCCACCUGGCCCCGUCCCACCCCUGCCUCCUCCAGACUGCCGGCCACCUGCCCCUCCCAAGGAAACAGUCUCCCCCAGAGACUCACUGACCCACUAUCUUGUGGGGCCUGCUCAGAACCAUCUGACAUUGGGGGAGAGAUGAGUGAGGUAGAUAAUCUGCUCUCCUGAACGUUAUUUGAGAGGAGCUGAGGAGAUAAAGGCGGGUGAGGAGCGUGUCUGUCUUGGCGCGCUCUCUGUCUCUCUCUCUCCCUCCCCCCGCCCCUCACCUCCUUGCCGCCUUCUUCUCCUUCCCCAUUCCCAUCAUUCCCCAAGGACAGGAGCCACUCUCCUCUCCCUCACCUCCUUUUGCCCUGUUUAUCAGAGGUUCUCUGCAAUUAAUUUCUUAGGCCUAUUUAAGAUACAUAUUUAUAUAGUUCUUAACGGUUUUUCUCUCUGAUCAUUCCCUCUCGUUUUUAGAACCCCCAGGCCUCUCUCUGAGCCAAGAAAGUGGCAGGGGGAGCCUGAAUUUUACGAGGGGAGAGGGCAGAGCCCUCUCCUCCAGACCCCUCUAGCCCUUCCCCACUUGCCCCCAGCCCUGGCUCCCCAGAUGCAGAGGUUGAAGGCUGGGAGCCAGGGCAGCCAGUGAGGUCAGGAAGUCUGUUGCCUUAACGUCUCCUUCCCCCACCGAAACAAAUCCUUCUCCACUCCCAGGUCUGGUUGCUGAAAGACUUGGGGGUAAGGAAUAAGGGAAAGGGGAUGGUUUUUGGUUUCUUUCCCCACCCCCAUCCCCUUUUCUUUCACCCUUAUCCCACCCCCACCCCCCAUUCUGUCAUGACCUCACUUAAGUGGAACACUAUAUCAUAAGCCAGAGAUUCGUCCCAGUCCCAGAGUCAUACAGGCCCUCUGAUCCCUGUUCCUCCUGAGGGGUUGUGCUGGGGCCCAGGUGGAGGGAGGGGAUUUGGGGGUUCAGGCUGUAGGGAAGCCAGGGUCCUCUAUUCCAACCCCUUGUCCCCCUCAACCGGCCCCCCCCAUUGGGACAUUCUCAAGCUUUUCACACCGAAAAGGAAAAAAUGUUAUUUUUAGAUACAUUUUAUGAAUAACUUUUGUUAUGAAUAUGGCUGGUAACCAUUGUGUAUGUUAUUAAAGAUACAAAAUGUUGGGAAAAAAAAAAACCAAAAAAAAAAAAUUUUAAAACCACCACC